AUGCAACUUCGAGAUGUUCAGAGCAUGGUCUUCGUCCUUGAGCCUGAUGGGCCGGGACCCUUACAUCGCGUCUUAUUGACAAACAUCACCGAUGGUAAUCGUCGCGAGAUUGGAUACUGCAGCGUAUUCCCUUUACGACUGGAAUAUGAUCAGCACGGAUGGGGCCGGCGUAGCCUCCAAGAAUACACGUCAAUCCCUCUGCCAUCACCGUAUCAAGCAUGGAUCCUGAGACCACCAGGCUACGGGGCGCACGAUAUCCGGCGUCGAGAGUUAGACGGCAUGGAGGACACACUUUGGAGACUCUGUCACGGUCUGAACCAGCAUGAUUGUCAUACCGUGGCCAUACUGGACUUGGUCCACAAUUACAAAAUUACAACGAGUAACUUCAGCUGGGCAAAAGCCGGACUCAGACUGCAGGUCAACAAACAAAGAGGAAGGGCUCGAGGGGUAGCGGAGGAGCAAGGAGAAACACAUGAACCUCGAAAGCGUUUACGGAACGCUCAGAUGCGCCAUGUAGCAGCAUGGUGUCGACAGCUGCUGAUUACGGGAGGGAUUAAGAGCCUCCAAGCUGCGCUUAAGGACAAGUCGGACUCCAGUGCCAUCCCUAUAAUGCGCAGUCCCGACGCGUACCUCUUGCAAGAGAAGAUGCUAGCCAGCGUCCACAACUAUAUUCUCUCUGUCUUCAAGAGUCCUAGGUGGAGUUUUAGCUCCCCUGACUUACUGGACCCCACCGGCUCCACACAUACUGACACAGAUUGGAAGCGGUUGAGUGACCAGGUUUGGGGAGCAGGCUGCCUCUUCCGGGAAGCAACUCAGGAUGGAGGCUCUAUGAAGCUCAGGCGCAUUCUGCUGGAUAUGGAAAAUGUCGUCGGAACUCCAGACCCUCAGUUCAUGGUACGAAUCUGGCGCAUAUGCCGAUACUUGCACGGCAUCUGCACCUCGACAGGCGAUGAGGAUCACUUAAAAGCGCGCUUCUUGCACCGCUUUCGAGAGCUGCUGCGGACUUCCAACGGCGAGGCAAGCCCUAUAUUCCAGUUUUUCGACGCGCUGGCCUCUAUGGAUAUGAACUGUUUUCUUCGGGCUCUGCGCAUCGGGAAUCUACGAGCACUACAUACUUUUGAACAAACUAUCGGCCCUGGACAUCCCAUGAUUUUAACGAUGUGGGUAUACUACUCGAAACAAUGGCGAGUCGCGGAACAAAGCUACGAGAAGAUUAUAGAAUACUACAACUGUGCACUACAAACCGCAGACGCAUCUCUCGGUUCAGAGUCGGAUACAGCGAUAUCGAUUCUCCACGAUUACACUUACUUUGUUUACUACGGCGGCAGCAGAAGGGAUAAUACGCAAGCCGCAAUUCUAGCCACCCAACUAUACGACCGAACAUAUCCACACAUGUUGGAUAGUCCUUGCAACUGGAAUAACAAAACUCAAUAUUUCACCUUUGCUUCACAGAUCCUAGCAGAGUAUUGGUUUCUACAGGGCAUCCCAUACUGGGCAACGGGGUACAUUGAGAAAGCUAGCAGUCUACUCCAGGUCUCUGACCGAGAGUGCCAGAUCCGAGCCCGGAUGCUCCUCGGCAAACUACGAGGCUGGCUAAUACGCUGGGGGUCACUGGACGAGGCGCAGCGUGUCAAACAAAGGCAAGUGAAUUUAAUGGCAUCCAUAGAUGAACUACUGCAGAGGGAGAUUCAGGACUACCCGCCGGAUGUAUAG